CCCGGAGGCAGAAGUUCGACAUAAAGACGUGACGGAUAGACGGACAGGGAUCAGAGAUGGAGCUCAAAAGCAACGUGUCGAAGUACCUGGUUGUGUGCUGUGUGUCUAUGCUGCUGGGCCUGACCAUGGCAAAAGGAAAGAAGGGGACAAAGGAGAGGUGUAACGAAACACUGAUCAUACCUUCAGACUACUACAAGAUUCCCACAGAGGAAUCAGAGGGAAAUGGGAACAUUCACACACGCUCUCUGUCACCCUGGACCUGGAAAACCACUACAGUGGAGAACCGUCUUCCUCAGACCAUGUGGGAGGCCGAGUGCAGCUCUAUGUACUGUGUCUACCCCACCAACAGCAGCCAGUACGAGCAGAACUCUGUACCUAUCUACCAGCAGGUCGUGGUACUCUACACUUCAGCCACCAGGAAGUGCUACAGCGCCACCUUCCUGUCUGUGGCCGUGGGGUGCACCUGUGCCUGGGCAAGGACCUCUUGAUGUAGCCUGCAGUACACUACAUCUAUGGCCUUACUUUGUUUGGUUAUUAAUUUAAUUCAAUGAAAAUGUAAUGUAUUUUAAUUUAAAGCAACUAGGGAGGUCCAACAUUUGUUAAUUCAACUUAGCCAGAAGAAUUGACUGUGAAUAGUUGAGUAGAAUUCAAGAAGAUCCCCAUUGACAUAUGUUCUAUUUGAGCAAUAAAAACAUUUUUAAAACC